AAUAACUACGAGCGAGGUUGAAAUCAUACGAGCACAGGAGCCGCGCUGCUCUCUCCUGCUAUCGGCUCUGCCUGCACGGCGGUGGCACUCUGCCGAUUCUGUGGUGUCGUGGGUUGUUCCGGGUGCAAGACAAGUGCGGUAAUUUCGGUGUGGGGCCGAGAGUGUUCUCAGGGUCUCGCGAUUAAAGGACGAGCAGGCGUAACGGGGACGGGGAGACGGAACACCACUCGUUUUUCCUUUGCUCUGACCACGGACGCGCGCCGCUCCUGGAACUCUUUCGAGAGGUUCGCGUUUCCAACGUCCACUGCCGAAAAGGGGCAGCGCCUGGUGACAGUGAUGAGUGUUUCUCUGAUUGUGCUCGUCGUCGACACCAUCGUGCCCGUUGUUCGGAGCUUACGUGACUGUGACCGUGACUGCCGUGCCGUCGCCGCCGUGAUGUGCUUCGCGAGCUCGGCCGCCAAGGAGAUGCUGAGGACGUGGCAUAUGGGUACGCCUAAAUGGUGGCUCUAAGGGGUCCCAUAGGAAAGCAUGAGGGAAAGAACACCUUCUGCGGACGACACCCCGAAGAGGGCCCCACCAGCACCACCCAGAGAAGCAGCCUCGGCAGACGUUGCUGGUAGCAAGACGAGCAGCGAGGCGGUGGACGUUUUCCGCGCGACGAAUUUCUCCCCGACAACGACGGCAUCGGCGACCACGGCCGCGACGACGACGUCAGCGUCGUCACCAUCGAGCGUCGAGGGCAAAAUGGUCGCGUCCACGCACAAUCUCGACGAUCUGGGCGUCAGCCAUCCGGCAAGCGCGAACGGCGAUCGUCAGCAGCAGCAGGAGAAACACGGCAACGCGUACAGGUCGGCGCAAACCGCCCAGGACAAACGUAGCAGGCUGAGCAACGUCAUAAACAACUUGAGGAAGAAGGUGCCGGACGCGAGGACGGCCGAUUCGCCGAGGAAAGAGGAAGAUGAGAGGAACAGCGUCGAGAGGAACCUCGAGACGCUGGAGAAGUACGUGAUGACGGUGCUGAACGGCGUGAUCAAGGAAGAGGUGGACAUCGAGGAGGAUAUUAUAAUAAAAACAGAGACGGAGACGGCCAACGACUCGGAGAAACUGACCGACGAUCAGGAAGACGAAGACUCGAAAGGUCCAGCGGCUAACUUCGAACCUUCCAAGCCGAACGAGAGCAGAACGGAGACCGCGGUCCUUUCGGAACAGUCCGGGACCAAGGAAACGUUCAGCUUGGAGCUUAUAAAAGUGGACAAGGAGGAGGACGAGGUGGAGGUGAUCGAGAUUUCUGACAGAGACACCAGCGAAACGGACACUGCGGGGGAGGGGGAGGAGGAGACGGACACCGCGGACGAGACGGAGGCGGGGGACGAGAGCUUGCUGGGCCAGAUCAUCAUGGCGAGGCUGAACGAUCGCCACGAGGAGAGACGGAUCGACAAGCAUCGAGAGUUCAUGGCUGAGAACGCGGAGCUGAGGAACGUUUGCAGGGAUCUCCUCAACGACCUGCUGAACGACAUCACUCAACUGAUCGACGGGAACGGCCAGGAAAGGGAUAAGACGAAGGUGGCCGACAAUCUCACGGAGACCUGUACCGGCAGAAGUCAGGAUCUCGCGACGACCAGCUUGCACUGCAGCCUGCCCCUGGACAAAGUAGCUUCCGUGCUGCAGAAUUGCCAACCGGUCGAGAUCCGUCGUUCGUCUUCCACGUCGUCUUGUUCCUCCCACGGUUCCCUGAAUUCGUGCAAACCUUCGCCCCCUACGGUCAGGCAUCUCUGCCUCUACUGCGACAGGAAGUUUCUCUCGAUAUCCCUCAGGCAACGGCACACCGAAAGGGUUCACCAGCAAGGUGGCGGCAGAAGGUCGGAGAGAAACUCGAGGAGACCCACGCAUAACUGUCAGUACUGUUCCAACAAGUGCGCGGAGAAUCUGGAGGGCCUGUUCCAGCACAUGGCGAGCCACCACAGCGACAGAUAUCACGCCUGUGUUCAAUGCUCCACGAGGUAUCUCACCAGGGAUGCUCUGGCGGUGCAUAUGAGCGAGGUUCAUGGAAUCGUGGUGAGGAACAACCAGCCGGCUCCGGUGAGCUGGAAAGACCGAUGGUGUUCCUCGCUGAGCCUUUCGAAGCUGCUCAAGAAACGCGUCCCCAAGGUGUACCGAUCUUCGCUUCCGCAGGAAAAGACGAAUUCGUUUCUCUACAGAGAGCUUACUAGCCAAAGACGCGAUAGAAUCGAGUCGUCGAGCUCCAAAGAAAAAAGACCCGAGGAGGAUCACGAGCAUAGAACGACAGAGCCCAUCCUGUUGAAACCGAUCCUCCAGACGAAGGAGACAUUCAGCAACCCGGGCAGCCCCGAGUUCGACAGCUCCUUCUACAGCAGCGUCAGCUGCAACAUCCGCGACAACCUUCUCCAUCACCUGGACGGCAAGCUGCAGAGCACUUCCUCCGCGACGAUCGUCUCGUCGGCCGCCGCGUCCACGGCGGACCCGAAACCCCAGCAACAGCAGCAGUCCUUCUACGAGCACAACGCCAACCAGAUCCAGUUCCCCAUCGACAUCUCUCUGACGGCGGCGACGCCCGUCUACUCGAAGGAGUACGCCACCGAGGAGUACGAGAACUCGAGCGAGUACGCGCAAAAGCCCGGUAAGAGCAACAGGUCACAUCCGCGACGAGUGUCCUUCGAAAAGUACAACUUCCCCAGGAAGUACGACGGCAAGGAGCAGUGGACGUGCUCCAUCAAGGACCUGAGCAAGUUCGACAUCUCGACGCAGCUGUCGCUGAGGAAGAAGCAACAGCUGCUGAAGGAACGCGUCACCCUGAACAGGCUCCACCAGAUACCGCUUAUCGACCUGACCGGGACCACGGACGUACCCGGGGACGAACGGAACGCCUCCCGGAUGUCGGACGAGCCCGAGAUCGUCGAGGAAGUGUGCACCGGUAGAACAAACACAGAGACUGAUCGGCCCUUUCGUGGCGAUGCCAAACCCACGGAGAUCGAGCGGCCCUUUCGUGCGGAUGCCAAACCCACGGAACGGGAGCCAGACGUAUCCGAAUUGAAGAAGAUCACGCAGGAUACCGAGUUCACCGUGGAGUUUGGCAGUUUCUUGAGGCUCCGGAAGUGGGACGAAAAAACGUCCAACGAGGCGGCGAAGAAGCAGGAAGUCGUCUACGCGGAACUCACCGGCGAAUGGUCCAGGCCCCGGAUCUACGUAUGCGGCGCCUGCGCUACCAAACACGUGACGUUAAGGGAGAUGGAGGAGCACAAAGCCGCCACGCACCCGAACGUCUGGUGUUCGCAUUUCGAGUUCUCCGGCGACCAACGCGAGCUGUACAAGCACCUGUUCCUGCCGGGAAAGGACGUGCCCACGGCGAAAGCGAAAGCCGCCAUAUUGGCUGAAAAGGUUUGCACGAAGUGCACUAGGAACUGUAACACGUUACCAGAGCUGCACAGGCACAUGCUGGAGUGCGGUGGAGACCAGGCGUGGUUGUUAGGGUUGUUCGGUAACGGGAAGAAGAAAUGCAAAUGGAGGCCGUUCGGUAGCCGGAGCAGAAGACGGAGGCAACGCGGUAUGAAGAGGAACAUCCAGAACUCGCAGACACCGAGGGUGAACACCCCAAAGGAGAAGCAACCGCCGGGUCCGAGAGUUCGACCCAGCGAUCGCGAGAGUAUUCAGAAAAUGCUGGCAAAUUUACCUCCCAAAAGAGCCACUAGGAAGGUGAUGCAAGACAGUGCGCUAAGAGCACAGGGUAGACUACGAAACGUGCAAACCAGAUCAAGACCCGGUCGUAUGGUCGGUGAUAAUUCGACAGCGUCGCGAAUGUCCCGGAACAAGGCCGUGCUGAGGAACAAGCUGCUGAAAAACGCGAAGUCGAUCCAACGGAACCGGUGCCGUAUCGACAACAUAUCGGCGGUGAUCGAGAGCGUGGUGAGGAACUACAAAACGGAGGAGGCGAGGUCUGACGGGGAGAAGCGCGAGUCCGAGAAGUCGAACGUUGCGAAAGAUGCCAAAGAAAAGACGGAGGAGAACGGUAGACUCGAGGAGGGCAAUCCCGGCUACAAAGCCAGGGUCGCGAGAGGGCCCAGAGUGCUCAGCAAGAAGAGGAACGUUAGACCGAAGGAGGGAGCGAUCAGAAACGUGGAGCAACCGAGGAAAACGGGUAACUUGAAGGCCAAAGCCAAAGCAACCUCGAAAACUGCACCGGAGACAAAGGCGGACGUCUCUAACGAGGCCCCGAGGACCCCCAAAAGCCUCAAACUUGUACCCAAAACCGUCGAGAAGGAAAGUGACGCGAGCAGUUCCGCGGAAUUGAAGUCUCCCGGUUCGUCGACGAAAAACAAAUCGUUCUUGCAGACCACCCCCAAAAAGAAACGACCGGUAGACCCUGUGGCGUCCUUGAACGCCUCCAUCAAGGCCAAGUCGCAGCUGAGGACGCACGACGGGAAAUUCGCUCGUAAUCCCAACAAAGCUACGACGCCUCAGAAGUCCCCGGAGAUGCGUUCGCCGGUUGGCCAGCGUCAGUGGGCCAAGGGCAAGGUGAGCGAGAUCGGUACGGAGCUUUCGAGCGCCAGGUCGAAGCUCAGAGGGCUGGCCAGAGGCAGAAACAGCGAUCAGCUGCCCAAGAGGACCACCAGACUGUCGUCCGACAGCGACAAGAUGCCCACGUUGGAGCCAGCCGUUCAAGCUCAGGGCGACGAAUACGUCGAGACUUUGGUGAACGACCUGCCGAUCCUGUCGCCUGUCACCCCAUCCACUGGCUCGGAGAAGAUCCUGCGCGGCAAAAGUCUGUUCGGCAAGAGUCAGGACGUCGGGUCGAAGAAAACGAUCGAGGUCGAUGGAACGGAGGCUAAACUCGCGACAGCUAGCGACACCCCGGACGAGGACAAGGAGCAGAAGCCGGGCAAGACCAGAAGGGCGAAGAGCGACGCGAAGAAUCUGGAGAACAUCGUCGCCAAGGAGAAGACGAAAGGCGGGAAGGAGAAGAUCAAGAGGAAAAGCGCCCCCGCGAGUAUCGCGACCGUCGAGGAGGCGAGCCCGCGGAAAGAGAAGCAGAAGAAGGAGGAGGUAGUAAAGACGCUGGAGACCAGGAGCAAUUCCAAACUGAAGGGUAAGAUGAUCGACAUCGACGGGAAAAUCAAUAUCCAGAGCGUCCCGUUCGAAGUGAAGAAACUGCUGGGGUCUGACUUGAAGGACGACCUGCUCACGAAACUGGUCCUGACGUCUCGAAUAGCCGCCUCCAAGCGCUGCCUAAGACAAGCGACGAAAGCAAAGAUGGGCCCAGGCAGAGGCAGGCCUCCGAAGGAUUUCGAGGUGGAAACGGCGAGCGCAGAUUCGGAAUCGGCCUCGUACGUCCCCGCGGCGACCACCAAGAAGGAGAAAAUCGAUCGUCGUCGAAAAUCCUUGAGGAACACGGAGAAGAGGAUAGAGAAGGUCCCGUCGCUGGACGAGGCGAACAAGAUCAAGGUGGCGAUCAAAGGAAGGAGAAACAGCAGUUCCUCCGGAGAGAGUAAAUCAACGGAGGAGCAAACGUCGGAGGAGGACGAUCAAACCAAGUCCACGGUCGAAAUCACGGAGCAGAGCGGCGAUAACGAGAACACGAGCAACAAGAGGCAAACGAGGGGUUCUCUGUUGAACUCUAACGAGGGGGACACUCAGAGCAAAGAAACCUCCAGCGAGCUGAACGACAUGUCCCUGAAGAAGAACACCUCCCUCGGUAAGAGACGCGGUCGCAUUAAAUCGAGCAACGACACCUCUGAUAAAAAGAACGCCGACGUCUCGCGAAGGAAGAAUGAGGAAGUUGAUAAAGGCAACUCGAACGAGGUCGUCGACAAGGCCGGGGAAAGCGAGACGAACUCUGAUCGCAAACGAACACCGGACGACGACAAUGGUGUCAAAGACGGGAAAGAGGAGGACGCGAACGUUGCAAAAAACGACCAACCGGAGGACUCUUUGGAGAACGUGAAUCUGAAGAAUCAUUUGCAACUGGAGACUAGCAACUCCAUAGACAGUGGCAAGGAGAACUCGUUGGAGACUAUAGUCGGUGUUCAGAAAUCGAAGGUUGGCAGGCCCAGGAAGUCCUGGGGAACUCGACGGGAAAGGACGUCGAAGAGAUCGUUGAACAACGUGAUCGGUAUCCUUACGGAGGGAAUGAACAUUCCCGCGGAGUCGCAACAGAGCGUGGUUCUGACGGUGCAGACCACUCUGGAGAACGCGACUCCCGAAGGUGUUCCUCAGAGCAACGCUCAGCAGUCCGAUGACGGUGAAACCAGGUCGCUGAGUCUGGACAGAACCGAUAAAACCGAAACGACGAACGAUUCCGACAGGUUAGCCGAUGAAACGAAACCUUGCGUUCAGAAUCCAGAAGACAAAUUGUCGAAACCGCAAACAACGGAGGUUUCUGCGAAAGACGCGACUGCGGAGGACUCGUUGACCAAGAAGAACGUCGACUCUUCCUCCAACGACGCCAGAGAACGCUCGCCGACCAACGAUAUCAUUUUGGAUCUGUCGAGGAGGAAGCAGAAAGGGAAAGGCUCGUUCUUGGAGAAGAUCGUUUCUAAGAUUGCCAAACAAAAGGACGCUCUGCUGGAGGGAGAGGUUGGAUCCUUGUUGGACACAGCCGCCGACGAACUGACGAGCAUCCUGGACGAAGUGAGCCCUGGACUUCCGGAGAACGCAGAGAAUUCUAAACUUGCUAAGAAAAGUCACGUUGCCAGAGAGGAGAUCGAGAAGUCGUCCGACUGCCAGGAUCUCUCGCUGGGGUCUGAUCAAAACUUGGAGUCUAAGGUACCAGCGAUCGAGAGCGAGCAAAAAAAAGAAGAACCUUCGAAGGAAAUAAUUAACGACGAUGGGCAGAUCAGUUCUUCCGGUCAACAGGUCGAAGUUGAAUCUGUCAACGAAGAUGGAAAUAAUUGCUCGAAAGACGAGCGUACGGAGGACCUAGCGAUUCGAGAGAACGUUCCCUUAGAGCCUGACUCUGGCAGUGUCGUGGAAUCUACGCCAAAUCGUACAGAAGAGACGCGUUCGCCGGACCAAGAAGACAAAUCGGUGAAACAAGAUGGCGGUGCAGCGAUCGAGGACGCGAAGGUGAAGAGGAAAUCGAAGAAACGAUCGCUGGAGGGAAACUCGCCAAAGAAAAGCAAACGAAAGUCCAUCGAACCUGAGGACAACUCCGAGACUUUGGUUCCGGAAGCGUUGAAUCUCUCCGACAUUAUGAAGCUGAUCGACAGAUCGAAGGAAGUGCAUUCUACCAAAGAAAUCAUUGAAAAUGGUUCGUCUUCCGAAGUCGUUGGCGAACGUGUUCAACCUGGUAAGAGGAAAACUCUGAACGACGAAUCGGAAACGAAGGAUUUGUUGAACGAUAAAGCAACCAAGGAUACGCAGACGAACACGGAUUGCACCGAUGGCGCGAAGAAACGCAAAACGGACGCAACGAGAGACGAAGCGAACGAGUCGAGGACCGCGAAGAACAGCAUCGAGGACUCGAUGAAGAUUUCUGACGAGGAAAAGGACUCCUUUUUAUCGCGAGUGACGGGGAAAAGAGAAACUAUUAUCGAAACAGCGAACGAGGACUUGGAAACGGAAUCUCUGAUUAGGCGAAUCUCGAAGAGGAAGUCGCUCUCGGAGGAGAAGAGCCAACCUUCCGAGGAAGAAUCAUCGUCCAAGGUCGAAUCUGUCGCAAACGAAGCAACGCCCGAGACGACGAGAAGAAGAAGGUCUUCCAGAACGAAGUUCAAUAUCCAGAAGGAAGAGAAGGUCCAAAAGGAAGUCGAGAGCAGUAACGAAAUUAUAGCGGAUAAAUUGCUAACGAACGACUCGCCGGAAAUACGCGAAUCUUUCAAGGACGAUGCUUCUCUCCUGCAAUCAACGUGUACCGCAAAAGAUGACGCGGACAAAGUAGAAGAAACCGCCGUUUCGAACGACCCGGAGACACCAAAGGCCAGCAAAGAAGACGCGGCGAAAGACGUUCCCGAAACUGAUUCAAAAUGGCCGCUAAAGGAUGCAAAGACUGUUUCGAAGACGUUCAAGAAGCGUAAUCGCAGGAAGAAAUCUCUGGCCACGGAGGCUACGAACGCUAUUCCUCGAGAGGACCCCGACUCUAAACCGGAAAUGCAGACCGUGGAAAUCGAAACGGACGCCGCCGAACAGGUUUCCAACAGGAAGUCUCUAAGAUCGAAUCGGUUCAACGAAGAAGCCGAGCAGACGAAGGCUCCCAGCGACUCUAUGGAUUCGCUGACGCCCAGUCUGGAGCAUUUUAAGAUCCCGGAAGUGACGGAGGUGUUGCAGCUCACGAAGAAGAGAACGUACAAGAGGAAGUCAACGACCGACGAGCACACGGAGGUGGUCCCUCCCGUGGAAUCCGAAACGGAGAGCUCGGAGACGAGGAGGAUCUCGGUCGAGAAGGACGAGCAAUCGGAUAACGCGAGCCAAAAGGAUUCGUCCGAGGGUCGACGACGUUCCUCCAGAAACUUCAACAAAGACCAGCUCGAUCUGGAGAGAUCCAACUCGUCGGGAUCCAUCGAGCUGGCGCAGUCCAGCAGAACGAGGUCUUCCAGGAGGAAACAACUGUCGUCCGAGGAUCUGUCGAAUCAAGAGACUCUGAACCACCGGGCGGAGAGUGUGGACAAUCUGUCGGAGACUUCGUGCGCCAGCGAGUCCAGUUACUUCAGGAAGAAACGGUUCUCGAAGAAGAAGAAAGGCUUCGAGGUGCCCGCGGAGGACGUGCAGACGGACACCUCCGUCACGGACUCGGAGUCCGUCGACGCCGAGAAGAACACCGACAGGAGGCAAAGCCUGAAGAGACGGGCCAAGAAAAAUAUAUCGUUCUUCGAGUAUCAGUUCGACCUCGUAGACGAUUUCGACAUUCCGUUGGAUAUUCAAGAGUGCCUGCGGCAGGACGACCCUCCGAAGGACGUGGACCUGGAACAAAAAUUGAUAGUGGAGGAUAAAGCGGAGGAUAAAAAGAUCGUGGACGAAGCUUCGAAAGUCGAGGGCGAAGAGAACGCGAUAGUCGAGCAGGUGGCGGAAGGGGACGCUGCGAAGGAGAACGUGGCGGAAGAGAGUACGAUGGAAAGGAACGCUACGGAGGAGAGUACGAUGGAAGAGAACGCUACGGAGGAGAGCACGAUAGAAGAGAAUGCAACGGAGGAGAACGCGAUAGAGGGGAACGCAACGGAGGAUCCUGAUACGUCUAUCGAAGAGAACGACGAAGAGGACUCCAAGGAGGACGAGAAAUCUGGUGGCGCUCAGGUGCAGGAUGACUUCCAGACUCCGAAGAAACGGGCGGCUGGUAACUUCGUGGUCGUCCACAAGAAGACUGGCGAGAUCCUGAUCGUCGAGAAGCGGAAGAAACUGACGAAAGAGGCCGCCAGGUUCUUCUGCGACGUAUGCACGACCAGCUUCACCAGAAAGAGUUCCCUGAAGAAGCACAACCUGUCUCAGUCGCACUUGGUGCAAAUGACCAAAUCCAAGAAGGACAAGACGUCCGACGACAGCACGGAGGAGGGUUGCAACAUUGGCUGGGACAACGAGACGUCCAGUCACAACGAAACGUCCAACGACGGGAACAAGAGUCCCGACGAGUCGGCCAGCGUUUCUCAAGAGUCGAAGGACGACCGGAAAGAAGAGGAUCUAACGAUCCUUGAUAGCUCGAGAGAGUUGGAAGGCGUCCAGGGCGACUCGUGUUACGCAGCCUCUAUCGAGCAGGGAUUCCUGAUUGAUGCCCAAGUGACUCGACAGCGUAGCCUGGAAGACGAACUCCUGGACGAAGAGAUAUGCAAGAUCACGGAAAAUAUGAGCCACGACGAGUACGUGCUCACGGAGCAUUCGAGCCCAGCGCCAGAGUCCACGUCCACACCCAUCAAACCAGUGGUCAAGAAGACGGAAGAGACGGUGAAGAAGAAGAAACACGCCAAGAGGAAAGAAAAGGGGAAGAAAAAGUACGCCGUCAACGAGCAUCUUACGCUGGACACUCCGGAGCCGGAAACUCACUUGGACUCGACGGUGUUGACCGUUCUUGGGACGAGUAUGUCUAUCAGAAUCUCGACUGCUUCGCGUUCGAAAGACACGUCGGAGACUCUUCCGACAGCCACGGCUGCUUUGGAGAACAAUUCUUUGCUCGCAGACUCCUCGAACCAUUCGGAACAGAGAAACGCCUCUGUGCCGGAAGCAGACAAUUUUCAGGAAAGAAUCACCUCCAUCAGCGAUCGUCACGAUCAGAAUUCGGAUAUGGAGGUGGAGGUGGCGGUGAAACAAACCGAGGAAGUGAGCUAUUCCGUAAAGGAAGUAAUCGAAUUAAAAGGAGAUCCUAAUAAAAAGACUGAGAAUUUAUCAAGCGUUUCGGAUGACAAAGUUGCGGUGAAAGAAACUCCGCCGCACGAACGUUUGAGCCUAAAGUUCAUCAUAAACAAACGUAGUAUAGAACGCUCCAAAGAACCUGAUAUCGAGAGCGUCAGAGAGGUGAAAGACGUUGUUCGCGGAUCUGACGCUAAAUUCGAGAGUUUCGACUCUGUUGGCGAUCGAUGCAACCAACAGAGGGAGGAGGAGACAAACCGCUGCAAACUUAAAAGCGAUCGUUCCGACGAGGAUUCGAAAGGGAGGGAUACGGACGAUGUUGAGAAUCUGAAAACGCAACAAACGGAUCGCUGCGUCGUAGAAAAUUUCGAAAAAGAGACGCACCAGUUGGACGGAGGAACCGAGGCUGAGAGUAAAAUGGCGGACUCCGUGAGUCCAAGAAACGCGUCCACGAGGACGACGCGUCACGGGAAAUCGAAAAAGGGGAAAACCAAGAAGCGCCUUGAGGAGGCGAAGAGUCCUUCGUCCUCACGGAAAGCAUCGAAAUCCAAAGGUAAUCAGAACUGGCAGGUCCUCGACGAAAUUGUAAAGCUUCCAGAAACGGAAAACAAUCAAACCUCGACGAACUGUUCCGAAACGUUCGACUGCGAAAUCGCGAAGCCAGAAUCCCCGUCGUCGAACUCGCGGUUCGGGAACGAUUCCGACAAAGUUGACGACUCGACCAGCCUUGGGAAGCCGGAAAACGAAACUGAACGCGAUCCCGACGAGUUAGAAAUUGUUGAAAAUCAGCAGACGUAUUGUUCCGACGCGAAAGCUUCGUUGAAGGAAACGGUGGACGCGCAACGAGUGGAGAUCGGUAAGGAUGAAAACGAGGAGGACCAUCGCGAGGAUAAAAUCGAGUCCUUGUAUCCUCUGGAGGUGGACGAAGCCUCGUCGUCGUCGAGCCUCGCGUACAAACCUUUGUCGCAGGUUUUAUCGAGAACGGAUGAAAAGGAACAAGAAGCGUCCUUGAGCUUCAUGAAGGAUCGCGAUGAAUCGAAACUGGAAGAACGCGCGGAAAUCGAGGACGCGAAUUCGAGAACGAAGUUCAACUUGGACGAGAAUUCGAGAAACAUGGACGAAUCGAUGGAUAAUCAAAAGUCUGACAAGGAAUCGAACGAUAACGAUGUCAAACGAGUCGAGUCCCGGAUCGCGUCCGAGGAAGAAUGCGAGCUCGAUGGUUUAAAAACCGCGGAGGAUUCCGACGAGGACGCAAAGAUUUCGUCGGAUUACAAGAAGGACGAGACGACUCCAAAAUCAAAAGCUAUUUUAGAGAACAGGGAAACGAAGACGGUGAGCAGUGGUCGUAAAUCGAGCAACAACGAUCGUCAGAGUCUGAACAAGAAGACGAGGACGCACAAAUACGCUGGCAAGGAUGGCCACCGAAGAUCCAGGAGCAGAAAGGCCGCUCUGAGGAGCAAGAUGGCCGAUCUGACCAGCGACAGCGACAGCAGCGAGAACGAGGACAAAAUGGAGUCGCAGAACAAAAACAAAAUCGUGAAGAGCGUGUUUGGUCGAGUCUUCGGCGGUGAAAAGGCGGACAAAGUGAAGGAGGUGUUGAACGACUGGGUGUCCAAGUCGGAGGAGGACUCGAACAUGUCGAGAACCGAGUACAAAUCGGAUAACUCCUUGGAUCCGAAGAACGAGGAUAGAAACGUGAAACGACAUUCUGUCUCGUCGACCGCGUCUUCCAGCACGAGGAAACGUUCGGGGAAGAAGUCGAGGAAGAAUUCCUCCACCGAUAGAACCAGAGAGAGAAACUCGAUGACCGAAAGUCUGGAGGAACAUCGUUCUGGAAAGCACUCCAAGUCGAAGAACGGUACGAACAAUCGGAAGAAAAGCGACGUGGAGGCAACCAACUAUUACUUCCUGGUUCUGCCGCCCACCAGCUGCAGACCUAGCAAGAAACGAGCCGAGGAGAGGAUCUCGAAGGCCUUCGAGGACGAACUGUCGGAGUCCAACGUCGGCAAGGAUCAGAAACUGUCGAAACAGAAGGAGGUCAAUUACGAAUUGAGAAACCAAGGUAAAUCUGACUCGAGCGUGAAAGAUAACGGCUACGGGUCGUUCAGCUGCGACAAGGAUAGCUCGAAGGGGACCUCGGAGGAACCAGUGGAGGAAGAUCACAAGCUGACGAAGAGGAGGAAAUCGAGCUUCAGAAAGGGUAAAAGCAAGAACGAAGACGAGGAUUGGAGGGACCUGAUGAUGUCAGAGAAAGAAACCGAGAAGAACGCCAACGUAUCCGGCGACGAGGACGACUGUUUCAUGAAGGAUCUUCCUGAACGUGAAACCACCGACAACCCGUUGUUGGUGGACCUGGAAUCUUCCCGUAGCUGCAGCAGCGCGGCUCCCAGCAGCGUGAGGAACCGAUCACCGAGUCCGGACAGAAAUUCCCAAACGACCAGGAAUUCGUCCGACUUCGACGACGACGACAGGGACGAGAUGAGGAUGGACCACAGAAGGAUAUCGCCUUUGUUCAUCUGUGGAACGCCUAGAAGUUCCAUGGACAGCAGCUCCGAGAGCGAGAACGAGGAGGAAGACGAGAAUGCUCCCGCGAGCGAGACUGCAGCACGGAAAAGAAGCUCCAGCGAGUUCUCCGGCGAGAAGAUCGUGAUCAGAUCGCCUGCCUCGACCCAUAAAACCGAAAUGGUCACCAUCGCGCCGACCGACGCCAUCGAGGACAACGCUCUAGACGUUCCUCAGGAGAUAGAGACGGCGAAGCCUCGACAGGGGAAGGUUUUGAACUUCGACGAGGAGCUGUUCGUCGAAUGUUGCUCCAGGUUGAAAGCUACCACCGAGAACGAGCUCAGGGGAGCCAAGAAGAUCAAGCUGGACCACAACGAAGGCUAUCACAGAAAGGACGAGCAGCAGCAAGGGUUCAGGGGGCCCAGAGAUCGAUGGAGGGACGUCGAGAGCCAAAAUAGUCUGGGAAGCCUGCUGGAAUCCGUGAAUCAGCUGCUGGGCGAAGAGAUGUACAGCACCAGAGAAAGGGAUUACCCGAAACGAGGCGGUCGAAACCUGAGAAGCGAGCACUCCAGCAGGUCAGCCAGCCCGGACAUGUCCCGAGCCGAUAAUCUCGGGUACGAGGAUAGCCUGGACGUCGCGUUCGAGCACAACAACAAGCUGAGGGACAAGAUCCAGCAGCGCAUGAGGGAGAGCGAGAGCCUGAUAGCCAGCACAUUUGGCCAGAAGAGCAGCAACGAGAUCGCGGGCGAUGAACGUCCCGUCAAAAGCAACGAACAGGACGCUACGAGGAAUUCGUACGGUCAUCCGCAGGACCAGGGACAUCCGUCUGGCGGGAAUCUCUCGAACGGUGGCUACAACGACGAUCUGCACGUCAGAAGUUUGCAGGAACAGCCCAACGCCGGAAAGAUGAACCUGGACUCCUCUGGCUUUAAAAGCAAGAUGAACUCAGCGCUGGGUGGUUUGUUGGACAAAGCGUUGUCCAACUUGUUGCAUAGCAAUGGGAAGCACGAUCACAAUGGGUCUACACCGAUGAAGGUCUUGGCAGAGCUGGCGUGUGCUCGAGCGCCAACGUCCACGGCUGGGGAUCCAGCGUCUCAAGACGACGUCGAGCCGGCGAAGGCCUCUUCCCUGCACAAGGAUUCAACUCGUGAUCCAAGCCCGAUAAUCGUUUCCAAAGAGCAACAGAAAAAGAUAAAGAACCCCAUCAAGGAGCUGUUCGAGAAAAAGAAGGAGAUGAACGAGCGUAAGCAGCAAGAGAAGUCGAAGAGCGAGGCGGCACUUCGGGAGCUGAACGUGCACAGGCAGCGUAAGACGAAAAAGACCAAGAAACACCAGGAGUUCCCAUUGAUUCGUCGCAGCGAGCACGGAGGUUUGGUAGAGAGGAAGAAGCGUCGCGACACUUUCGAACGGAAGGAGGAGUUCGCGUCGAACCGAAUAAAAGAUGUCUACGACUUCGACGAGGAGGAGAGUCAAAUGGAGCCUAAUUUGGGCAGCGUGAUGUCGUACAGAAGUAGACCAGGUUACGAGGUGAGCUGCCUGAGAUCCAAAGAGGUCGACGUCGCGGGCUUGAUGACCAAGGCCAUCGGUGAGAGUUUGGAGAACGGAAAGACCGGCGAGGCGUUGAGCACCAGACUCGAAUCGAUGAUAGACCGGAAGUUCAAGGAAUUGGAGAAAUUCGCCCCGAAAACGAAAGGCGCGUUGAAGUCGUUCCAGAGCGAGGAGCAACAGCGACAGAUUACCGGGCCGAUGGACGACUACAUCGAGAGGAAGCAGUCGCGGCCGAAACGACAAAUGGAACCGAAUCUGAAGCACUCGAAGCUGAAGAAGCGCAGUAAAAAUCCGAAGAAGAGGCCGAGGAACGCCUGGUACGAGAACGACAGCUCCGACGAGUACAGAAUCGCGGUGAAGACCGAGGGUGUCGGCGUGGGGAUCUCCAAGAGCCAGAGAACCUGCUCCAAGGGUAAACAGAACAUAUUCGCGGAGCUGUACACCUCGUCCGAGAGCGAAUUCGACGGCGAGGACGCGGACUACGAGGCGAAGAGGCAGCUGAAAGCGAGCAAAUGCACGAAAGAGACCGCGGAGCUGGAAAGCGUCGAGCAGAGCCAGGAACCGGAUAGCAAAUACUGUUCGGAGAACGACGAUCGCGUGGACGACUGGGAGGAUCACGAUUCGAAGAACGACGUUAAUAAAAACGACUGCGACAAUAAGAAGUCCGAGUCGGAGAUGUCGGAUCAGCCUCUGGUCAUCGACGAGAGGAAGGACAUGGACGAUCAGAGGAACACCGACGAAGAAACUGAGAACCAGUACGAAGGGAACUUCUCGUUGGACGAUUUGUACAGGGAGGACAGUUCGAUCGCCGAUACGGAUAUCGAGGAGCCGACGAUCACAGAGUCUCAGAAUAUAGCGGACGAGUGUAGAGUCCAUAGUCCAGUUUUGUCGCAAGAGAGGGACGAUGGUAAUAAAACCGACUUCAUGCAGGACGACGAGUUGAUUCCGUUGGAAGAAGCCUUGGAUCUUUUGGAUCAGGCGGAGAACGAUCUGGGAAUGAAAUACGAUGGUAUGAACAAGGACGCGAGACCUAUGGAGGAUAUCGACACGGUGGUGACGACAGAAUUCAUGAGCGAAACGUUCGAUCCGAUAGAGGAAUCGAUAGAGAAGUGCCCUAGUCGCGUGGAAGAACAGGAGGAAGAGGAGCAGGACGACGAUCUUCUCGCUUUACCAGAAAAGCUGUCGACCAACGAGAAACCGCAGAAGGAGUCUGAUAAUCUUCCGCUACAUGUGUUCCUGAGCAGAAAGGUGCAGGAGUCGAAGAAGAGGAAGGAGCAGCAGUUAAGAAAAAUGCAAGAGGAACAGGAAAGGAUUUUAAUGGAUUUUCAACCGACCAGAAGGCAGAGGAAAUGCGCCAUCGGCAAGCAGGGUCUGCUGGCAGAAAUAAGCAGUUCGGACGAGGAAAUAAGCCUGAAGGACAGUAGAAAGACCAACGAGAAACCGGACCACGAGAAGCCGCGUAAACAGAAAAGGGAGUCGAAGGAAAAACGAAAAGAGAGGUACAUUGAAAAGAAGCACGAACAAAUGAUAGCCAAGGAACAGAAGGCCAUAGAAGAGGAGAUCCUGCGGGAGCUCGGGAAGAAGAAAGAGUCUCUUGCACAGAAUUCCGUCGACCCGCAGAUGGACUACAACGGUAUAGAAGAGCCAGAAAACACGGAACUGUUCGAUGAGAAAACUGUUCAGGAACAAACGCCGAAGAAGAAACAUCAGGCGAAGGAGAAACAGAAGAAACCGAACAAAACGGAGGAAGAUGUUUGCGUUAAGAAGAACAACGAAGGUACGAGCGAUCUGGAGAUCGAUUCCAACAAGUCCACGCACCCGGAGACCAACCACGAGACCGAAAACAACCAGGAACCCUCUGUGAAGCAAAAGAAACAUUCGAAGUCCCCGACGAAAUCGAAAAAGAAUCCAAAAGGGGAUGCGAAAGUCUCGACCGCGAGUAAGAAGUGUAAAAAUCCGAUGGUUGACAAGCCAAAGAACCGAACGGACUCGAAGGGAUCGAGAGACAAAGAACGCAGAUCCUCCAGUGGUAGACGAGAUUCCGACGACGAGGAACUGAAGACGACUAAGUCUUGGAACAAGGUCGAGGAAGGUGUUGGAGUGGCGAUUGGUCGACGGAAACGUGCUGCUGCUAAUCAGUUGUAUUAUUGGUCCAGUUCGAGCGACGAGGAAGAGAUGCUCGAGGUGGUUCCCGCGAUCGAGGAGGAGGAAGACGAUCGUCAAGAACAACACGGUUGGAUCGUCGGUGACUCUCACAAGAGGAUGAUAACCAUGCUUGCCAUGGAGAAACAGUUGAAGGAAAAACGACGGAGAAGCGAGGACGAGUUCGAACCCGGAAAAGCGAAAAGCAAAAAGCACAGAAACAGCACCUCUUGAUACGUGUUUCAUGACUGAAGUGACUAGGAACCGCUGGAGCAGCGUGUCAUUACUUAAAACCAGGGAAACAUUGCUCGAUCAUUGGAUGAUCCAGAAACAACGAUGAUCGCAAUUCUUGGAAUGAAACACACCUCAGAUUCGCGUCUCGUUACCGAGCUUCUUGACACAGUUUCUUUACUGAAAUCAGAAGCCAACGACGCACCUAAAAUACGACUGCAAUUCUUGAUACGUGUUUUACAUGGAGGUUUGUUGAAACGGUUGAUGAAAUAAAUGAAAAUACCGAGAUACGACUGAAUUGUCAGUGAUCCCCAGAAGAGAGUAGUAACAACACCGGCGAAAGAAAAGAAAAAUUGCUCGAUAAACGACAAAGGGGCGAAAAGAAAAAUGAAACCGAUACGAUUUUGAUACGCAUUUCAAGAAUAUAUAUGUAGAAACACUCAGAGGAAUACAUCGUUUUGUUUCUCUUCGCGCGUGCAUACCAAGAUUACAGUUCAGAUAAAUAGAACAGACUUUUCUAAACAGGUGUAGCAUAACUAGGACUUUUGAUACUAGUCUUAGAUUCGUGAAGGUGAACGAAGAAAUUGAGUUCAUCGGAACAGUCGAGUCCGUUGUUAGGUAGCAACAGGAGAUCGAAUCGUCGACUUUUGUUGAAGAACGACCGACUAAGGAACAGUUCGUAAUCGGUUUGUGUCUGUAAUGUUCACAAUUAGACGGUUAAAAGGAAGUUCGAGACAGUUGAAUGAAAGACUAUCGUGUAGGCCAGAACAAUUUGUUAUUUUAAUAGAUUUCUUCGUUAUUCGUUUUCAAGUAUACGACAUUACGCGAUUGCGCGAAUUUAGUUCUUUUCUUUUUUUCCAUUAAAUGUUCUUUAAUUCAUGGCAGAUGAUCUUAGCCGUAGAAACAGGACGCUUAAAUUUAUACAAUCGACGCUUAUUUGUUCCAUCGAACGAUUAACAAAAUGGGACGUACUGCCAAGGGGAAAUUCGAAAUAUCAUUUGUUCGUUGUUGCGAAACGCGUCUGGGGCAAUUAGACGCGUGAUGUUCAUUUUUACGGGGCGAGACCGAGGCAACAGAGUUGCGUAACGAAAAUGGCAACCUGUACAUAGCAGCUUGGCGUUAACGAUAAAAAGCAAGCUCGUAUUACGUUAAGGAUAUAAUGAUUCCAAGCUCUUAUAAAUACUAUAAAUAUAAUCUAACAUUAGACUGAAUGUGAGAAAUAGCGGAAAUUAAAAGAAACAGAAAAAAAAAUGUAUGAAAAAGAGCACCUUUAGACAAUACCUAGGACAUUUGUAUCGUUUUAGUUAACAUAGCGGAUCUUCGGGUAACCGAUCGGUAAAAUUACAAAAAACAAAAACAAGAAAAACAAGAAAAACGGAAGGGAAAACGUGUUGCGAUGUAUAAAACAGAGAGAACGGACGAUAACAGCUGAUUUUUGACUCUUGAAGGACGAUGUAAAACUAGGGUCCAAUCAAGUAGCGCGCUUUUGCCGGCUUUUUUUUGUGAUUCGUACAUAUCGCAAAAUUUGACAAACGGAAACUCCGCCGGUUAUUUUACGGCCUGGCAAUUGCUUUCUUUGCGAGCGUCAGAAUCGAAAUCUACUUUCGAGGAACUGCUUAGCGCAUCAUUGACCAUUAAAUACAAAACCUCUUGUUUCUGUUUGAUGUGUUCGAAUUCCUAGAUCUCAUGUCGCGUCAUCAAUAAGUUUGAUGAUCGCCGCGUAUUUAAGGGUGAAGCUUAUGAUAAACGCAAGGAGAAAGAAAUAGAAACUUUCCUUUCGUACGCCUAGUUGAUGCACAUAAUUCUAAGUACCGUAGAUUUUCAUAUGAUAUAUAUAUGUAUAUAUAUAUAUGUAUAUACGGUAUAUGUAUAUAUAUGCAUAUAUAAAUAUAUAAAUAAAUGAAUAAAGGUAUAUAUAAAUAUGAAUAUAAAUACGAGAGAAUAAUUGAAUGUAUAACAGAAAUGAAUAAAAAAAAAAAACAUAGACUUUAAUGUAAAUGUACUGCCAUAAUCAUAUUAUAUACGAAAGCCUAUGCGAAUAGUUAUUAAUAUUAUUCCUGUAAAGAUAAACAACCAGAACAACAGCGACGACAUAAAAAUGUUUAGCACAAAAAAUCUAGGCAACAAUCCGAUGUACAUAGAGCAUAUUUUCAAUGUGUCUGGAAAAGUAUGUUUUGUAAUAUAAGGAUUGCAAAGGAAAAUAAAAUCAUUAAAGAAUCACUACUGAUGGUAUAUAUUAUAGAAUGAAUGGGAAACCUUGCUUGCGAGACUAGCUUCUUUAAGAAGGCAAAAUGGUAGAAUUUUAUACAUUAUUCUGCGUUGUAACGUGUAUGUACAGGGUAUGUCAAAGUGUGGUACACGGAAAAUAGCUUUGAUGUAGCAAAUUUAAAGUGAACUU